AUGUCGCAGCUACCAGGCUCAAAGUCACCCGCAAAGCAACCUACGGCCGCAAGCCCAAGCACUAUCCCUAUCUCGUUCCCAACCAAACCAGUCUCGACCAGAAAGCUUCCUGACCUUGAAGCAGCGCUGAAGAAAGUAGCUUCCGCACGGAGUAAGUCUUAUGUGCGAAAGAUUGGUAUAUUGAUCCGGUGGGAAAACGAUGAAACUGGGGCAGAGAAUGAUACAGUGACAAUGGAAUCAAUUCUGAAACCGCUUGGGGUCCAAUGUGAUACAUUUGUGAUCCCGAAUUCGGACAAGACACCAGCCUGGAGCCUGCAAGAGAAACUCAACAAACUCCUUGGACAAUGUAUCCGGUCGUCACUACCUUCUCUGUUCAUUUUCUUUUAUGUUGGUCAUGGUGGCCUUCAUGAUAAUACUCUGUGCUUUACGUCACAUCACAAAAGAAUUCUGUGGCGGUCUAUCAGAGGUACUCUGGAAUCUGCACAGUCAGUGGAUUCUCUGGUAAUACUCGAUUGCUGCCACGCGGCUGCUGCAAUACGGCAGCCUAACUCGACAACGAACAUUCAUAUCAUUGCGGCAUGUGGAGUUCAUGAAAUUGCGUCCGUACGCUCAAAUACUGCUUCGUUUACCCAAAGACUAUUCCGCGCCCAAAUACAAGUCGAAAAGCCUAAGUAUGCCCCCCACGCCGUGUUUGAAACGUUUAGCGGCACCAGAGAAAUCAGCCUUGUGUUCAGUGAUACUAGUCGAUCCCGUCUCCCUCGGCCAUUAUCUGGAGUGAGCCAAAAGCAAGUGCUGGUAAAGCUGACGGUUGAGGGACAACGAGACGCUAUAGAUAGCUUUUCAAAAGCCGUUCGCUCACUCCCGCCGAAUAUGAAAGUUGAGAUUUGCAAUGCAUUCGAAACCGAUGCCUCUGUUUUCUUUAUCUUACAGAUGUUAUGGGAAGGGUGGGUUCUGUGGACCAGCGUUGUACAUUUGGACUUUGUGGGUGUAACGCUCGGCCCUGAUUUACUCUCCCGAAAAGCUAUUCCCCCUGCUUCAGCCUCUGGGGAGAAUUUGCCUCCUGAAGACCUCUCUUUCAAGGAAGCAUGA